CGGCUCGCCGCGGGUGGGGCCGGAGCCCCGGGAGUCGCGGCCGCUCGCCGCGCACCUGAGAGCUACCGGCCGCCGCUCGGGGACCCGCCGCCAUGAACCGCUUCAGGGCGUCCAAAUUCCGGCACGUGGAGGCCCGGCCGCCCCGCCGCGAGGCCUGGAUCAGUGACAUUCGCACAGGAACCACACCCUCCGGUGGGAACAACAUCAAGUCGAGUUGCAGCUUGAUAGCAUUCACCUCCGACCGGCCAGGUGUGCUGGGCAUUGUGCCUCUGGAGGGCCAGGGAGAGCACAGGAGACACGUGGCCCACCUGGGCUGCCACUCAGACCUGGUCACGGACUUGGACUUCUCUCCCUUCGAUGACUUCCUUCUGGCCACGGGCUCGGCUGACAGGACGGUGAAGCUGUGGCGACUGGCGACCCCUGGCCAGGCCCUGCCCUCUACCCCCGGCCUGGUGCUGGGCCCCGAGGACUUCCAGGUGGAGGCGCUGCAGUUCCACCCCAGUGCUGACGGCAUCCUGCUGAGCGCAGUGGGCAAGGCUGUGAAGGUCUGGGAUGCUGACAAGCAGCUGCCCCUCACAGAGCUGGUGGCCCAUAAGGACCUGGUGCAGAGUGCCACUUGGAGCCGCGAUGGAGCCCUGCUGGGCACGGCUUGCAGGGACAAGCAGCUGCGGAUCUUUGACCCACGAGCCAGGCCUGAGGCCGCCCAGAGCACAGAAGCCCAUGCCAACAGCAGAGAUGGCCGGCUGGCAUGGACAGGAAACCAAGAGCACCUCGUGUCCACUGGUCUAAACCAGAUGCGUGAGCGUGAAGUAAAGCUGUGGGACACUCGGCACUUCUCCAGCGCCCUGACCUGCGUCAGCCUGGACACCUCACCCGGAUCUCUCGUGCCCCUGCUAGACCCCGACUCCGGGCUCCUGGUCCUAGCAGGAAAGGGUGAGACUCAGCUGUCCUGCUAUGAGGUGGUGACGCAGAAGCCGGCUCUGAGCCCAGUGACCCAGUGCCUCCUGGAGCACCCCUUGCGUGGGGCUACCCUGGUGCCCAAGCGGGCGCUGUCCGUGCUGGGCUGCGAAGUGCUGCGUGUCCUGCAGCUGGGUGACAUGACCAUCCUGCCCAUUAGUUACCACGUGCCCCGCAAGACCGUGGAGUUCCACGAAGACCUCUUUCCCGACACCCCCGGCUGCGUGCCAGCUGCAGACGCCCAGGCCUGGUGGGCUGGGAACAACCAGCAGGUCCACAAGGUCAGCCUCAACCCAGCCCGCCGCUCUCAGCCUAGCUUCACGUCCUGCCUGGUGCCCCCUGUGGAGCCUGCCCCUGCCAAGCCCCAGCCUGCAGAGACCCCAGUGGGAGACUUGGACCCCAGUGAGGGCUUCUCGACCCCCAGCUCCCUGGCCUCACCCUCCACGCCCUCCAGCCUGGGGCCCUCGCUCUCCAGCACCAGCGGCCUCGGCACCAGCUCCAGCCAGAGGUCACUGCACAGCCUGCUGGGCCCCAGCUCCAAGUUCCGGCACGCUCAGGGCAGCGUCUUGCACCGCGACACCCACAUCACCAACCUCAAGGGCCUCAAUCUCACCACGCCUGGCGAGAGUGACGGCUUCUGCGCCAACCAGCUGCGCGUGGCCGUGCCCCUGCUGAGCAGCGGGGGGCAGGUGGCCGUGCUGGAGCUGCGGAAGCCUGGCCGCCUGCCCGACACGUCACUGCCCACGCUGCAGAAUGGGGCAGCUGUCACCGACCUGGCCUGGGACCCCUUCGACCCCCAGCGCCUUGCCGUGGCCGCGGAGGACGCCCGAAUCCGGCUGUGGCGGGUGCCCCUGGAGGGGCUGCAGGAGGUGCUGACCAUGCCUGAGGCCGUGCUCACAGGCCACACAGAGAAGAUCUACUCUGUGCGCUUCCAUCCCCGGGCGGCCGAUGUGCUGGCCUCCUCCUCCUAUGACCUGACCAUCCGCAUCUGGGAUCUGCGGGUGGGGGCCGAGCGGCUGAGGCUGCAGGGCCACCAGGAUCAGAUCUUCAGCCUGGCAUGGAGUCCCGACGGGCAGCAGCUGGCCACGGUCUGCAAGGACGGGCACGUGCGGGUCUAUGAGCCCCGGGGCGGCCCUGAGCCCGUGCAGGAGGGCCCAGGGCCCGAGGGGGCGCGUGGAGCCCGCGUGGUCUGGGUGUGUGAUGGCCACUGUCUGCUGGUAUCUGGCUUUGACAGCCGGAGUGAGCGCCAGCUGCUCCUGUACUCAGUGGAGGCACUGGCAGGGGGCCCCUUGGCGGUGCUGGGGCUCGACGUGGCGCCCUCCACGCUGCUGCCCAGCUACGACCCAGACACGGGCCUGGUGCUGCUCACGGGCAAGGGGGACACCCGAGUGUUCCUGUAUGAGCUCCUCCCGGAGGCCCCUUUCUUCCUGGAGUGCAACAGCUUCGUCACCUCGGACCCCCACAAGGGCUUCGUCCUCCUGCCCAAGAGGGAGUGCGACGUGCGGGAAGUGGAGUUUGCGAGGGGUCUGCGGCUCCGCCAGACCUCCCUGGAGCCUGUGGCUUUCCGGCUUCCACGAGUCAGGAAAGAGUUCUUCCAGGACGACGUGUUUCCUGACACAGCUGUGAGCUGGGAGCCGCUCCUCAGUGCCCAGGCCUGGCUGGGAGGCGCCAACGGGCAGCCCCGGUUCCUCAGCCUGCAGCCCCCCGACAUGACCCCAGUGAGCCAGGCCCCCCGGGAGGCCCCUGCGCGGAGGGCACCCUCCUCCACCCUCUACCUGGAGGAGAAGUCAGACCAGCAGAAGAAAGAGGAGCUGCUGAGUGCCAUGGUGGCGAAGCUGGGCAACCGUGAGGACCCACUGCCCCAGGACUCCUUCGAAGGCGUGGACGAGGACGAGUGGCCAUGGCCUGGUCUGUCUCCCCAGGACUAGCCUGCCCACCAGCCAAGCCACCUGCCACCGCCCAGAAUCACCCAGCGCCCCGCACACCUCACACGCCACCCUCCAAAGCCCUGGCUUCCUGCGGCCUUUCAUUUCAUGGCCUUGGGGCCCGUGGCUCUCCUGGGCAUCACCUGCACUGCUUUCUCAGGAACCUGCUGCAUCUCCUCACUGCCUGCUAGCAUGUGGUGCCGGGGGCAGGGUCCCGGCCCUGGGCAGGUCCCAGCAGCUCCUUCGGUUAUGUUCUAUCCUGCCCACUCCCCACUUCUGGUCAAGGGCCUUGGGGGCUGGCCCCCCACCAGGCCUUCUGGCACUCUCCCAGGCUGAAUACAGGAAGGGGGGGGGCAUCACCAAGCCGCUGGCCCGGCCCUAGGUGCAAGCACUUGCGCACGUGGAUGUUUUCAGCAAUUAAACUUUUUUAAACUGGC